AUGAAAUUUCCAAUCGAGACUCCAAGAAAACAGGUGAACUGGGAUCCUCAAGUGAUUGUGCCGGCAGCUGUUCCCUCAGGCUGUGAGCCUGAGACCAAUAAGACUAAUAUACCCCAGCCGGCACCACGACUCUCUAUUUCCUCUCCUCGGACAACUGUGAUUGCCAGCAUGGAAACCCCCUCACAGGGUUUGCAGACGGUCAUGAAGUGGAAAACAGUGGUAGCCAUCUUCUUUGUGGUGGUGGCCUACCUGGUCACAGGGGGUCUUGUGUUUCGCGCUUUGGAACAGCCAGAAGAAAGCAGCCAGAAAACCAGAAUAGCCAAUGAUAAAGCAGAAUUCCUCCAGGAAAACAACUGUGUAUCCCAGCAGGAGUUGGAGGCACUGAUUAAGCGGGUUAUUAAUGCAACCAAUGCAGGAGUCAACCCUGUUGGAGAUUCUUCUAAUAGCAGCAGCCACUGGGACCUUGGAAGUGCCUUUUUCUUCGCAGGAACUGUCAUUACUACUAUAGGUUAUGGAAAUAUUGCCCCGAGCACAGAAGGUGGAAAAAUUUUCUGUAUUUUGUAUGCCAUCUUUGGGAUCCCACUUUUUGGCUUUCUGCUGGCUGGCAUAGGUGACCAGCUUGGAACCAUCUUUGGGAAGGGCAUUGCACGAGUCGAAAAGGUCUUUCGAAAGAAACAAGUGAGUCAGACAAAGAUUCGGGUGAUCUCUACCAUUCUUUUCAUCCUGGCCGGAUGCAUUGUUUUUGUCACCAUUCCAGCUGUCAGUUUUAAAUAUAUUGAAGAAUGGUCAGCGUUGGACUCUUUUUAUUUUGUCGUCGUCACUCUGACCACAGUUGGCUUUGGGGAUUUUGUGGCAGGAGGAAAUGCAGAAAUCCCUUACCGGGAGUGGUAUAAACCCUUGGUAUGGUUCUGGAUCCUUGUGGGCCUCGCAUAUUUUGCUGCUGUCCUCAGUAUGAUUGGAGAUUGGCUGCGGGUUCUUUCAAAGAAGACUAAAGAGGAGGUUGGUGAAAUAAAAGCCCAUGCAGCAGAAUGGAAAGCCAACGUGACUGCAGAGUUCAGGGAAACACGGCGGCGGCUAAGUGUGGAGAUUCAUGACAAACUUCAGAGGGCAGCCACCAUUCGGAGCAUGGAGCGCAGGCGUUUAGGUCUGGACCAGAGAGCCCACUCCCUGGAUAUGCUCUCUCCAGAGAAACGUUGUGUCUUUGCUGCCUUGGGCAACAGUCAUUUCAAGGCUUCAUCUCAGGAAAGCAUCAACAACAAGCCUAACAACCUGCGCCUUAAAGGGUCAGAGCAAUUGAGCAAACAUGGUCAGGGGGCGUCUGAGGACAACAUCAUCAACAAGUUUGGUUCUUCAUCCAAGCUGACCAAAAGGAAAAACAAAGACCUGAAAAAAAGUAUCCCAGAAGAUGUGCGAAAAAUAUAUGAGACCUUGCGGCACUACUCCUUAGAUGAGGAGGAGAAGAAGGAGGAGGAGGAGGAGGACUUGGAGAAGGUGUGUCACUCAGCGCAUUCUAGUACUGCCAUUCUUACCAAUUGUAUUGAACAACACAUGGACCUAGAGAAUGGCAUGCUCCCCACUGAAACCAAAGAAAGGGAACAUGAAAACAAAUCAUUACUUGAAGACAGGAAUUAAAUGUAGACCAUUCUUUGAC